GAAUCAAACUCCAAGCGCUUUGUCGAGGUUGGGCGAGUCGUCCUCCUCAAAUCUGUCCCCUUCUCCGGAAAGAUCGCCGUCAUCGCGGAGAUCAUCGACCACAACCGCGCCAUCAUCGACGGCCCAACAACGGGUAUUCCCCGCCAACCCAGUCCCUACAAGCACCUCACACUCACUCCCCUCAAACUGUCAGGCCUGCCUCGAGGAGCUGGUACGAAAAAGGUCCGCAAAGAGGUCGAGAAAGAGGCCAUCGUCGACAAAUGGGACACGUCAAGUUGGGCACAGAAGCGUAUCACGGUGCAGAAGAGACUGGCGUUGACCGAUUUCGGUCGCUUCAGCGCCAUGAUGGCGUGCUUCCUCGUGUCUCGCGAAUGCUAA